CUUCCGGGUUAAAGAAAUGGCGGGUCACAAUAACAGAGACACAAUGGAGAAUCUAGAGGAUGGAGAAAUAAGUGGCUCUGAUUCAGAGACAGAAAUGCAUUCAAUUGACCGGCAGCAGUGUUGUGGGUAGGACCAAAACAGCAAAAGAAAUGGCAGCAUAAACAACAGGAAAGUAUUACCUUUUUACAUUUUCAAUGAACCUGUUUUAAUUCUUCUACAGCCACCUUCUGCCGGUGCUUUUUCAACCCAGCACUUCCAGAGCAGAGAUCGUCUACAGAUGGCUUCACAAGUCACUGGCUAUCGUAGCUCCAUCGCAACCGAAUCCAGUGAUAGUGACUCGGAAGAAGAGGCUGCACUGUGGAGGCGAAAGCGACAGAAGUGCACCAAUGUUCCCCAACCUGUGCCUCCGAUCGCUUUUGGAGGUACCAGCACUGUCAGAGGAGCUCCAUGCCGAAAAGUGAACAACAUCUGGGGCUCUGUGGUGCAAGAGCAAAGCCAGGAAGCUGUCGCAGCUGAGCUCGGCAUCAUGGGAAUGGAGGGGGGCGUAACUAUGGACAGCCGUCAGUGUGAGACCUACAACUACUUACUGGCGCGUAAAAUGAUGGAAAAGGAGAAGCAGGAAGAGGAGCAUGGCAUGGAGACCGUGCUGGAGGGGCAGCUAGAGGAAUACAUGCAGCACGGAGCACAGAAAAAUAGCGACGGACAUCUGAAGAGGAAGCGGCCAGUCAAGGAUAGGCUGGGUCCUCGAGCUGAGAUGGAUUUUAAAGGGCGAUAUGAGAUCACGGAGGAUGACCCUAAAGAUAAAGUGAUUGAUGAAAUAGCACACAGGUUAAUGGAGCCAAAGAAGGAGCUAAUAGAGCGUGUCGUGAAUGUGAUUGGCACAAAGAAAGCCAUAGAGCUUCUGUCAGAAACUGCAACAGUUGAACAAAAUGGAGGUCUAUACACAGUGGAUGGCAGUCGAAGGAGGACACCUGGAGGGGUUUAUCUGAAUUUGCUGAAGAAUACUCCUAGUAUUACUCACGAUCAGAUUAAGGAAAUAUUCCAUGAUGAGAACCAGAAAGAGUUUAACAACAAGAAGGCAAACAAGAAGGCAGCCAAGCAGAGGCAAAAAUACUUAACAGCCAAGAAAAUGAAACAAGCGAUCGGCACUUUGAACCUGCAGGAGCACGAUGACGUGUCUCGAGAAACGUUUGCCAGUGACACCAACGACGCUUUGGAGUCCCUGGAGGAUGGAGUCGAGGAGCAGGCUGAGUCUGCGCUGGGUACAGAGGAAUCUCCUGUAGUUUACAACUCGGUCGACCUGGAAGUCUUCUGAUGCCGCUGGUUGUCUUCAUGAGUGACUGUGUAGACAAUUAAAUGUCUAACGUGGGCUGAGCAGAUUAGAUUGCAUUUUAAUACAGUCAUUUCUUUCCCCUUGUCUGUCAUGUGAAGUUGAACAUGACAUGUUCUGACACUCUGUAUAAAGGCUGUGAUUGCGUGUGUGUGUGUGUGUGUGUGUGUGUGUGUGUGUGUGUGUGUGUGUGUGUGCAUGUUAACAAGCUCAGAAACUUUAGGCUGCUUUCACACAAGGUUUUUUCCCUGCUCAAGUUCUACAUGUAAUCUUAUGGGACGAAUGCAGGAUGUGAUGCUUUCACGCUGGAGCUCUUUCAAAAAUAAAAUAUAACUUUUUUUUCUCCAGCACUUUUUCAUUAAUCAGGUUUCAAUUCUGCACCGAGUGAGAAAAGUCAACAUGGAAGCCUGUGCUGGUAGAAAAAAAAUAUAUAUUUUUUUUUUCUUCAAAACUGAGUGUGUUGUUUCAUGAGCUAGAGAUGAUGAGAUGAACAAAGUUUGUGUCCGAUAAAUCUGGCUGAAUAGUGAUCUGGAUAGUGGUUCAGAAAAAGCCACUACAGGGUUUUUGUUUUGUUUUGUUUUUUUUAUGGUUUUUAAAAAAAAAAAAAAAAGCCAAGUGUGAAGGCAGCCUUAUUUGUGACACCUUUGCGUUUUGAGAGCUUUUAUGCAGUAUGUUGUUUAGUGCAUCCAUUUACAAUAGUGUUUUACUUGCCCACUCGUUUCCUAAUUCUUUUAGUAUUAAAUGGCUGUGCAGAUAAGUUAAAGCUACUAAUAUAUAUUCUGUUUGUUUUGAACGUCAUAGUACAAAGUAUAUACUUAAUACUAUGUGUAAAAGUAUUAACAGAUAUCAUGAUAUUAUGCCUAAGACAAAGCAACACUAUAAGCAUCUGUCCCAAUCUAGUAGUAAUGGUGCGUCAUCAUCUUGCACUUGUUCUGCCUGCCGGUGACUAACCACAUUGUCAAAUUUGUAUUUGUGAAAAAUGACUGUAUUCAGAUACACUAAGCAUUCAGAAUACUCAUCGUAUCGUGAGUGUUUUGGCGACGAAGAAAAUGUGUCAAAUUUUAUGUUUGCUACUGAAUCCUUAAUUUUAAAAUAAAGCUCUAUUUAGAAUCCA